UGGAUGAUUGAAUCCGCAUCAGGGCUCUGUAAGUUAGCUGCGAGUUACACUGAUCACACAGACACUAUGUGGGAGAUUCCCCUCAUGACUGCAAACCCUCACUAAUCACCAAGGUUACUGAAACUGCGCCGCACGCGAGGUGUGUUCACACUAUCCCAGUGUUCAGCGUCCACUGAGCCGCUUCUACACUCAGAAGCUGCAUUUCCGUGUGUGUGUGAGAGAGAGAGACUGCUUGUUAACACGCAUAGUAUUUUUUUUUCUUUAUAACAGUGGCUUGGACACAUGGAAACACAUCAUGGAAACAAACACACUGUACGUAGCAAACAUAAACAUACGGACACACUCCCGUGUGUGGUGUCCAUGGAAACGUUUGCUCGCUUGCUAUGUUCUUUUCCCGCGCUCUGCUGCCCUCUUGCAGUGCGGAGCGGUGGUGAAGGCGGCACUAUAACCUAAGAUGGCGGCCGGAGGCAGGCUGCAGCGGUCUGCUCGUUUUUAACGUUUACGGCGGAAGGACGCGGGGACGGCGGACGUCACACAGCAGGCUGCGAUGCUGUGACUGCUGACUCUGUCUGCUUUCUGAGGAGGACAUGGCAGCCGAGCUGUUUUCCACCAGUCUCCCUCAAGGCGAGGAGGUGGAGGUUCUGGAGGUGAAGAAGAGCUUCAUUCAGGUGAGCGACCUGCAGCUGACUGCCGAAGACAUCUGUGGAGACGGCGGCAUUGCCGCGUCACAGCCAAAUAACCAUGACAGGAACCCAGAGGAAACAGAAAGCUGGCAAGCUUCCCACCCCACCCUCAGAGAAAGGAACGCUCUGAUGUUCAACAAUGAGCAGAUGGCUGAUGUCCACUUCAUUGUCGGUUCUCCAGGAGAGACUCAGACAGUGCCUGCUCAUAAGUAUGUCCUGGCGGUGGGCAGCUCGGUGUUUGGAGCCAUGUUUUAUGGAGAUCUGGCAGAGGGACAGUCUGUGAUCGACAUCCCUGAUGUUGAGCCGGCUGCUUUCCUCAUCCUCUUAAAGUACAUGUACAGUGAUGAGAUUGAGUUGGAGGCUGAUACCGUGCUCGCCACGCUAUAUGCUGCUAAGAAGUAUAUUGUCCCUGCUCUGGCUCGGGCCUGUGUAGCCUUCUUGGAGACGAGCCUUGAGGCAAAGAAUGCCUGCGUGCUGCUGUCUCAGAGCCGGCUGUUUGAGGAGCCGGAGCUGACGCAGCACUGCUGGGAGGUGAUCGACGCUCAGGCCGAACUCGCUCUGCGCUCUGAAGGUUUCUGUGAGAUCGACUUGCUCACGCUGGAGAUAAUCCUGCAGAGAGAAACGCUCAACACCCGCGAGAUCGUGGUGUUUCAAGCACUGCUGUGCUGGGCGGCGGCAGAGUGUCGGCGGCAGGGCUUGACGGUGAACCCAAGGAAUCAACGCACGGUGCUUGGUAAGGCCCUGUACCUGGUCCGAUUCCCUUCCAUGACACUGCAGGAGUUUGCAGAUGGGGCAGCGCAAUCGGAUGUGCUGACACUCAAAGAGGCCCACGACGUCUUUCUGUGGUUCACUGCUACCAACAAACCCAGGCUGGAAUUCCCCACUGUGAAGCGGGCGGGGCUACUGCCACAGAGGUGCCACCGCUUCCAGUCCUCGGCCUACCGCAGCAACCAGUGGCGCUACAGGGGGCGCUGUGACAGCAUCCAGUUUGCUGUGGAUCGCAGGAUUUUUGUAGCUGGACUUGGUCUGUAUGGGUCCAGUGGUGGGAAGGCCGAGUACGUUGUGAGGAUUGAAUUGAAGAGGCAGGGAACCGUUCUAGCCCAGAAUCUCACCAAGUUUCUGUCAGAUGGGUCAAGCAACACCUUCCCGGUGUGGUUCGAGCAUCCGGUGCAGGUAGAGCAGGACACCUUCUACACGGUCAGUGCCGUCCUGGACGGAAACGAGCUGAGUUACUUUGGCCAGGAGGGGAUGACUGAAGUGCAGUGUGGGAAAGUGACCUUCCAGUUUCAGUGCUCAUCAGACAGUACCAAUGGCACCGGCGUGCAGGGGGGGCAGAUCCCAGAGCUCAUCUUCUACUGUUGAACUGGAACCUGGACCCAAGGACUCAAGCCAACAGGCAGGAAGUUGGAGCCUGGAGCUCAGAUUCAAUCAACAGACCUGGCAAUUGGAAAUUGGCAGCUGAUUGAACAAUGCCGUGGACCUGAGAGCUGAUUGGCUGUCAGGUUUUUAUCAGUGUUUGGUGAAUAUUAAAGUCUCCUGAUUCUUUGAGAAAAUGAAUAAAGGAAGUUGUAGUUUUCUGCUGCUGCCACUAGAUGUGGCUAUGUGGUCUCACACAGAGGGAGAUUUUCAGCUUUUUUUUUUUUUUUGUGCUGUGGACAAUGAAUUUUACUUGUGUUCAAGGUCACAUGUGUAAAAUGGAAAAAAAAAAAUCUGAAUGCAACAACAAAUUAUUUCAAGCCUGUAUUCAGUAGAAAAGCAUUGCAGACAUAAAGUAUAAAGUUGAAACUGAUAAAUGU